GCCAACUUUAUCGCACACUCUAUACGCAGCAGUCGUUAUAUAAACGCAAACACGAUUCCCCAGCUUAACACACAGCAACCGCGAGUACAAUGCUGUCGAGCGCCUAUUACUUUUUGGUGCUGAUCUGCUGUGCCACCACCGCACUGGCCCACAAAUCGUAUGAUGGGUACCAGGUUAUUCGCACCAGAGAAUUGCGUGCUGAGGACGAAGUGGAGAAUGUGUUGUCACUUACCGAACAAAACGAUUACGACUUUCUCACUAGUCCUCGCGUUGGUUCUGCUGUUCAAAUAUUAGUCGGACCAGAAAAAACUGAUGCCUUGCAAAGCAAUCUAAGGACACUUGGUUUAUUCCCAGAGGUACUUGUACAAAAUGUUGAGAGAGCAUUAAGUUUAGAACGGAAGACAUAUUCUUCAAUGAAGCGGCGGUCUCGAAAAUCAGUUUCGAGUGAUAGGUACCUUAAUUUUGAUGAGAUAAUGGCCUAUAUAAAGACGGUGGCGGAGACGUUUCCCGAAAUUGCCACGAUCAUUGACAUUGGUACAUCCUGGGAAGGCAGACCUAUGCGGCUUUUGAAAUUGUCCAACGGUCCGGGCAAGAACGCUGUGUUCAUGGACAGCGCAAUGCAUGCACGCGAAUGGCUUGGCCCACUCACUUUAAUUCAUUUCAUUGACCAACUGACGAAAAAUUUACAAGAAAACCAAGCUCUGCUCGACGCCAACGACUGGUUUUUCCUUCUAGUGGCAAAUCCGGACGGAUACGUUUAUUCCUGGUCCGAGGAUAGGUUUUGGAGAAAAACCCGCAAGCCCAACAACGGAUCUGAUUGCAUUGGAACGGAUCCGAACCGCAACUUUGAUUACCUGUGGAAAGAAGCUAAUGACGAUGUGUGUACCCAACAUUAUCCCGGGAGGGAACCGUUCUCAGAGCCAGAAUGUGCAGCCAUUUCCAAAUUUAUUCUAGAAAACACGAAAAUUACUCUCUACCUCGCCAUGCACAGCUAUGGACAGCUUAUUUUACUGCCAUGGGAGGUCGAAAAAAAUCAAACUGAGUCAAGUGACAACAAAUUGGAAUCAGUGGCCAAGGAAGCACAGAGAGCAUUAGCUGCCGUGAACGGAACGCAAUAUUCAGUUGGAACCACAACUCAAGUGUUGGGAUAUGUAGCGCGUGGAACGAGCUUCGACUGGGCGUUUGCUAAAGCUGGAAUCCAAUUGUCUUAUACAAUGGAGCUUUCGCCAAAGUGGAAUGGACAAGUGAUAGAGGCUAAUUUCAUAUUGGAUCCGGCUAGGAUUCCAGUAGUGAAGGUUGAAAGCUGGGAAGCCGUCAAAGUAUUUGUCUCGCACUUACCUGAAACAAGAUUGAAUGUCUAACAGAGGCAGAGAAUUCCAAUUUGUUAUACAUUUUUGAUGAAAACAUUUAGUAUCUAGACUAGAAUGUUUAUUUUUAGCCUGUAAUGUUCCAGAGCAUAUUUGUGGCCUGUUUAAAUAAGUUGUAUGAAUAAAUAAAAUUUGUUGUAUUUUAAAAGGAAGUUUAAGAAGAGUGAACAUGCAAAAUAAUUUUAACCAUAAAGCACACAACUAAUUAACUUAAUUGUUCAGAUAAAACAGCUGCACUUUACAUUUCCCAGAAUUAUUUAACCCAGGCUGCUUCGUCCCCACAAGGUUGUGGGAUAUUAUAAAUAAAAUUUUAUUUGCAGAUAUUA